GGAGACCUUUGUCUUCACAUCUACUGCUCUCCCAACUAGCCAUGUCAAAGGCCGAGUUCCAAAAGUUCCACGAUGAGAUGAAGGCAUUGAAGAACGCCGGAAAGCACGAUGAGUUCGCCAAGAAGUUCGCUGCCAAGGAUGCCGUCUUCAUCGGACCACUCCACGAUCCAUGCACCGCUGAUGAGGCCGCCAAGUUGGCUCAAAGUGACAAGAUGGCUGCUCUCGUCAAGGCCGAUUUUGACGUCAAGAUUGACGAAGUCACUCAAAUCGGAGAUGUCGUCGUCGAGCGCUGCUCCAUCAGCGCCAAGUUGCCAACUGGCGACAAGAACGGAUGGUCACUCACCGUCUGGGUCAAGGAAGGAGGAGCAUGGAAGAUCCGUAACUCGUGCAUCACCUUCAAGGCUCCAAUCCCACAAUAAAUCAUGUAUUCAUUGAUUUUAUUUAUUUCUACAGUUGUGAAAUAAAAACCGUGUUAAUCUG